AUGAGCACAGAAAGAACUCAACCAAAAACUCUCCCCAUCCAGCUGAAAAUCCCUCGACUAAAAAUAGGAAUAAUAGAGAAAAAGAUGAAAGAAGAAAUAGACUUAAACGAAAGUGAUCUUUUGAGAAAAAGUGGCCAUCCGCAAUCUCCAACUGAUUUUUCAAGCUUUUCACAGACCAGUAAAACUUUGAGAUCUAUAAACCGGAUAAAUAGAGAGCAUUUAAAAGAUUUUUUGUCUGCUGAUCGAAAAAGAAAUCUAAUUAUCGCAAAAACGUGCAGAGAUGUUUCACAUUUAAAGGAUAAACACCAGAUAAUAAAAAAUAUAGUUAAGCUUCCAGAUCUGUCUGGAGGCAAUGCAUAUUAAUAAAAUGGUUACGUGCGGAAGUUAUUGUCUUCGAUAGCCUUCAUAACCGCGAUAUCUAUUAUUAUAGGGUUUAGUCAUUCAUGUGGGCCUUUAUCCACAUGUACCAAUACGGAAGUACUGCACAGGCCAAAGACCCUACAUUACUGCCUGGCACACCAGAGGGGGUGGCCUUUAGGUGGAGCUCGCACUGGAGUUAGAUUCAGGCAAGAUCAAACGCGACUAGUGAAGACUUUCUGCCUCGUAGGUGGGAUCUUCUGAAAUGCUUGCAAGAUAGGAUAGCAGCUAAUUUCUCCACUUGGGAGUUAAAAAGGAUUGGCUUUGGUCUAAGCAUCCUGCUGAACACAUUAAAAUCUAAAUAACUAGCAACAGUCGAGGCAAGGCAGCUACUCAGGUCUUGCCGAUUUCCCCAGAGCAUUUAAAAAAGUUCAUAUAUUCAGUAGAGAAGUUAGGACUUCCAGCUGCAAGCCCUAGAGGAAUCAUGACAGGACUGGGUUGCUCAAAAGAAAAAUGUUUAGAAAAAGUCGUUUCGACAAAUGUAAACAACGUUUCAUUUCAAGAAAGCUUGGAGCAGUUCAAAUUAAAAAUAAAAACUGAUCCAACCAAUGUAACAGCCCCCAAAACUCCCCAGCCAAAGUUUCUUGACUCAAUUUUGGCUGAAAAAAAAACUGUAGAAAAAGAAGACCCUUUUGUUUACCUAGGAUCUCCAACUGGCCGACAGGAAGUCCAAAACUUAAAAGAAUGGUUUGCCUAUAUGCAGGAAAACCAUUUAAAUAAACUUUUAGAUCAGAAAUUAUUAAGCGAAAUCGGAGAAGACGAAAAAGCCGAUAAAUUCGAAAUUGCUGAUGUAAUUUUAAAAACUGGGCUAAGAGAAAUUGUCAGACAGGUUUCUGUGUAUUGUGUGGAAAGAGGCGAAUUAUUAUCAAUUAUUGUUGAAAGAUAUUUGGACUAUUGGAAAAUUUGCUGCUCAUUAUUAGAAGAUGACAUUAAACGGUUAAAAGAAGAGUACACUAAAGAAAUUGAGAGACUUACAGCAAAUGGGAAAGAAAAAGAUAAAGCUUACAAUGCAAAAAUACUGGAACUAGGUAAAGAAAAUGCAAUAAUUCUAGCAGCUUCUAACUCAAAAGAUAUAGAAAUAAGUCGUUUAAGAGAAAACAUUAGAAGAUUUAAAGCAGAACGAGCUUACCGAAUGAAAAAAGAUUUCGAGCACUACACAAGCGCCAUAAGAAAAUUUCAAGAAGAGCUGAAAGAGUCAGAUCUUAAUCCAGAAAAUGUGAAAACAGGAAAAUCUAAAGUCUUUAUUAUGCAGAAAUUGGAUGAGGCACAAAGGAUUGUAUCAAAACUAAAAUUAAAAAAAGAGUAUAAUGACGCAUUGACCAUUGUGGACAGUGAAGAAAAUGUUGCAUGAAUUGACCAAGAUAUGAUUGAUGAUGAUAUAGAAGAGCCUUAUAAAGAUGAAGAAGUCCAAGUGGAAUUCGUCAAAGAAACAGAAGAAAAACAAACUAUGACUUUUUGAUAUGUUCUAGAUAAAUCAAUGGAAACAGACGAAAUUGACUUACUUCCCCUUCUAAGUGAACAAAAAAUAUGCUCUUUGCGAAAGGAGUUUAAUAUUUUUUUAUAGUAAAUAUUUUUUGGAAAUUAAAAAAUUAAAAUUCGUAAAAUUGGAAAGCAAAAUUAAUUUAAUAAUUUGUAAAAUUUAUAUUUUAAAAUGCAAGCUGUUUAAUUUCAUUAGAAUUAGCUAGAGAUUUCAUUAUAAAUAUUUAUCACUUAUAUACCAAAAUAUAUUUUCAUAAAAAUUUUUAUAUCAAAAAUUAUUGCUUGCUCACGGAGGAUAGAUUUUUACCCAAAAAAUAGGGAUUUUUCUAAUUUUUUUGUUGUGGGAGUUAGGAUACCGCACUGACUCACAUGAAAUUCUUGUCCUAGGUGAUGAGAAUAACUAUAGUUUUGUAGCAGAUGGCCAAGAAAACCACUCUGAUUCUGUAAUGCUAGAUGAGUUAAAACCAAACAUAGAAACAGGGAACACAGAAGCAGAAGACAGUCAAGAUUCUUCUGCAUCUUCUUCAUCCCUUAUUAAGACUAAAAAGACCAAAAAGAAAAAAAUAUCGAUUAUCAUUGAUAAAGAUACUCUGAAUGUUCUUUCAUCGAAAACUCAGCCUUACAUACGAACUGGACAUGAAAGAAGGUCCUUAUCAGUUAUCCCUUCAAAUCCGCCUAACCCGGGCAACGACAACAUUAUCCAAGUAGAUACAUCUCAUGACAUAAGCAUUAAAAGCAGAGAAACACCCAGUCGUGGAUCUGUGUAUCCAGGGAAAAAAAAUUGAAAUUCUGAAAAAAGGAAAAGAAAGAAUAGAGAAAGCCAAACUGAAGGGCUUUUAGAAGAAGAAAUGAAAAAUAAAGAAAUUAUGGAACUGAUGAUAAAUGACAGAGAGGAGUACUUAAAUGCUGUCCAAAAAGAAAUUAUGCUCCAAAAAAACGAAAUAAAUAAAUUAAAGCUCGAAGCUGACAGAUACAGAACUUUCAUCCAUGAAAUAAGUCAGCAAAACCCUGAAGAAGCAAAGCAUUUAUAUGAAAAAAUCGAAAAAGAUGUUGAGAAACUCAAAGAAAAAGGCUAUGUCCCAUCUGAUGUAGAUUUCAAUGCAUGGAAAGCAGGAUAUUACACGGGCUUUGACAAUGGGCACUUUGAAGGGAAAAUCCUUGGGGAGGAAUUAGGUUUCGAGCGAGGAAUGCUGGAGAGUGGGCUUAACCCUCGGCUGAACUCCAGCACCCUUGACCUAUCUAAGGAAUAAAAUGGUGAAGAUGACAGAGAUUUGGCUUCGAGGAGCACUCACACUGGGGCAAGUGGACCAUCCUAAUGAAGCUGAAAGCAGGACCUCUAUGCUUUUUAAAAAAGGAGUCUGAGGUGACAUCCCUGUUGGAAAAUUUCUUUAUCCUCGUGUUUUUGCCAAUAAACUGAAUCAAGGCAUAAGCUUUUUAAUUUUAAAAAAUAUCAAAAGUAUUGUAAACCUAUAAUUUAAUUGAAACAUUUUGACUAGAAAUAGUUAUUUAAAAAUUUUAUUAUUUUAUCAAUAUCUAAAUAAAGAUCUUAAAUUGAAAAUUAUUUCUUUAUUAAACUAAAUUCUCAUAUGAUUAUUAAUUUAGCUUGGUCAGAUUUAUAAAUAAUAAACUUAAAUACUUUUUUUUAAAUAGAUCUAUCGUAUGAUUGCGUUAAAAGUUCUUCGGGUUUUAAUUUUUUAAAAUACAAAAUUAAAGAUAUCAAAAAUUUUUUUAAAAAUGGUCGAUGAUGUUUAAUGUCCAAAUGUGGAAAAUGAAGACCUAAAAUAAUAAGCUUAAAUAUUAGUUUUAAUCAAAGUUAAAAGUUCUUCAAGUUUUAAUUUUCAGAAGAAGGGCACACACAAAUUAAAAAUGUUGAUAAUUUUCACAUGCUAAAAAUGCGCUAUUUUCAAAGAAUUCCCAUUAAUUCAAAUAUAAAGUACACUUAAAUUGUUAUAAAAAACAUAUUUAUGUCUUUUACACUCUUAGAAGUCAUGAUAAUUUAAUUAUGCAACUCAUUGGCUUUAUAUUAAAUUAUUAAUUAUCUAAUAUUAUUAGCUAAAUGUAUUCAUAUUGAUGGAUGGAUAAAUGAGAAUUCAUCAGAUACUUACUUAUGUCUGGUCAAAUCAAGCCUGUUAAGAAAUUCUUCCAACUCAUUAUAGAGCGGUAGACCUGAGUGAUGCGUAGUGAAAGUAUGCUCUUCGUGAACUAAGUAGGCCAUUUCAAAGGGAAGCCUGCUGUGACAAGGUUUUGCAGAGGGCUAGGUAGGUUUUGCCUACCACAUGGUCUUCUUUCAUCGGGACCAUCGGAGCAUCUCAGACACGAAAGCUAUACACAAGGGAGCUGAUCCCUGGAUAGGCGAUUCAUCUCUCUGGAAUUCAAAAGGCGACAUUUGAAGCCAAAGUGAGAGUCGGCUAGUGGCUUAGCUCAACUUAUGGCUAGCAUAAUCACCUCAAUAACACAAAUAACUUGCCGAAAAGGUAAUUUUUAUUUCUCCAAAGGUUUUCCUGUCCCUACUAGGUGGGUUAAAUAGGUUUUGCCUACCACAUGCUCUUUCCUCGGAGAACUAUAUAAUCCCUUGGCUAAAUUUCUUAUGGCCCAUUUUUAUAUGAAAUUUUAAAUUAUGAAUUUGCCUCACUAAAAUCUGCGUUUUGAAACGUAUAUUUGGUUUCCGCAUAUCAAAUUCAAAAUGGCAUGCAUAUGCAUGAUAAGAAAUAAAUGCAACCUAUCAUAAAAACGGUGGCCUGGCCUAAAGUUGAUCCCAUAGACAGGCGGAGUCAAUAUGUGCGACAUUUAGUGAUCUUACCCUCUUAUGGCUAGCAUAAUUGUUUAAUUAGUCGUUUGAUUGACAUAUCUAACUCAACUGAAGGAAACGAAGCUCCCAAGGACAUACUAAAAGUAAAAGAGAGAAAAACCAAAAGAAGGCCAUCAAUCAUGAUAACUGAUGAAGGUGACGGAAGAAAAGCCAAGCGAACAGUCACAAAAAUCAUGGAAUUUAAUUUUCAAAAGCGAGAGCCAAAAACACAGCCAGAGAAGAAAAUCCACAUGGGCCCAAAACUGCUCCAGCACUUCUUACACAAAUCAAUGGACUAUGUGAAAAAUUUCGGAAAAAUCAGUCGAAAAAUGCUAGUCAAGAGCAUUUCAUUUAUAUAUUCAUGCGCCAUAGCUAAAUAUAAGACUGGAGAACUUGUAGACUCACUAGCUGAAUUUGCAUACGAUGAGCUGUUUAGCAAGUAUGGGCUGAAAAAAGUAGCUGAUAAAAAGUAUUUGGAAAUUAUUUCAACUCUGCUUAAAUAUCCUGAUUCCAUAAAAAUCAGCACUUUUACAAGACUACUAGGAAUUGGGAAUAAAAUUGGUCUAACUGAUUAUGCCAAACCAAAACUGUCUUUGAUGUUCUAUAUCUCAAGCAUUGUGAUAAUACUAAAGUCAAAAGUUGGAAUUAUAGUAGGUUUCGAUGAUACUUCUGAGUAUCAAAUGAUACCGACUAUUAGGGCAACUGAGUGUAUUCGUGAAAAAUUCAAUGACUUAGUCUCACAGAACCAAAUUCAAAGAAUCAUUUCACUAGUAGAAAAGCAGUCACAGCCAGACCCUAAAAAAGUCAAUAAAAAUGGAGUGAUUGAUCAGGAUAUUUUACUAGACAUCAUGCUUUCAGAAUAUGAAAAAUAUGAGGCUGGAAUAGUCAGCGCUCUAAACGUCGUUUUUGAUGGAUUUUCUAUUAUCAGCAAAGUUGUGUAUAUAAAUAAGCUCGACUUAGUUUUGAUAACAAGAUAUAUUUCUCCUCACAAAUUUAGCUUAUUAGUAUCCAAAGACGAAAAUAAUAAAGAAAUAUUCACACCAGCUUUUAUUAGUCUAUGCCAAAAUGAUGAUGAAGAAGAAGAGGACGAAAUUCAUAUAGAGAAAGUGAUCAAUUUUUGCAUAGAAAAAGCGAUUUGUAGUCCAGCUGACUUAGAAAAUUAUUUAGGAGGAGAGGUGACCAAAAACAGGCUGUUUAAUUUUAUCGAUCAAAGCAAAGGAGAAAAUACAGAUAUUCUGAUGAAAAUCCUUAAAAGUAAAUCUUCAUCAGAGAUGCCAAACUCUUUUGAAAGAAAUUGGCUUGAGCGGAUGCAAUACUUCACAGAUCAAAUUGAUCAAAAGCAGCCAAAAGCUUUAUACUGUUCUUGAAAGCUGAUAACAGAUGAGCUUUCAAGGCUAAACAAUGAAUUGCCCAAACUGUAA